UGAUGACGCGCUGGGCAGUUGGCUGCGUGUCUGGCCUGGGCUCGCUCUCCAGUCGACGUCCGCUGCUCUUGGUGCUGCUGCCGCCGCUGAGGAGGAGGGUGAUGGGGAAGGAGGAGGGGGCGCGGCAGAAGCAGCAGCAGCAGCAGCAGCGUCGGAGGAGACGCAGGCAACGCAGACCUGCGCCCCGAGGUUCCUCCGGGGAGACGUAGCGCCGGGACGCCGGAGAUAGAGAAAAUGGAAGGCAGCACUCAGCUUUGCAUUCGCCGUUGGUCUACCAGACAUGUAGCCAAGUGGCUAAAGGAAGAAGGUUUUUGUGAAUAUGUGGACAUUUUGUGUGAUAAACACAGACUGGAUGGAAUUACACUACUGACCCUGACCGAAUAUGACUUGAGGUCUCCUCCUUUGGAAAUCAAAGUUCUUGGUGAUAUCAAAAGGCUAAUGUUGUCAAUACGCAAGUUACAGAAGCACCAUAUUGAAGUUCUGGAAGAGCUUGGUUAUAACAAUGACAGUCCCAUUGGUUCAUUAUCCCCCGUAAUCGGCUCUCUUCAAGGAACAGACUGGUUCUGUAAUGGUGAAGUGCAACGGGAUUGUGAUGACUGUGAGCCUGCUGCUGACUUGAAUGCGGAACAGUAUCAGUAUGCAAAUGGGAAAAACAAACAUUCUACACGAAGACUGAACCCAGAGUACUGGAAAACAGCUUUGAGUUGUAUAUAUGUUUUCAUUGUGUUUGGCUUCACAUCAUUUGUCAUGGUCAUCGUUCAUGAGCGUGUGCCUGACAUGCAGACAUACCCACCACUACCAGACAUAUUCCUAGACAGUGUUCCUAGGAUACCAUGGGCUUUUGCCAUGACUGAAGUGUGUGGAGUGAUUCUCUGCUACAUCUGGUUGCUCGUUCUCCUACUUCAUAAACAUAGAUCUAUCCUUUUACGACGAUUAUGCAGUCUGAUGGGUACAGUAUUUUUAUUGCGUUGCAUUACAAUGUUUGUGACCUCCCUGUCUGUGCCAGGCCAACAUUUGCAGUGUUCUGGAAAGCUCUAUGGCAACGUAUGGGCAAAACUUCAGCGGGCCUUUGCAAUUUGGAGCGGGUUUGGAAUGACACUAACUGGAGUGCAUACCUGUGGAGACUACAUGUUCAGUGGCCAUACUGUUGUUCUGACUAUGCUAAACUUCUUCGUCACCGAAUAUACACCAAGAAGCUGGAACUUCUUGCACACUCUGUCCUGGGUGCUGAAUCUCUUUGGAAUCUUCUUCAUUUUGGCUGCACAUGAACAUUAUUCUAUUGAUGUCUUCAUUGCCUUCUAUAUUACUACAAGACUAUUUUUGUACUAUCACACGUUGGCUAACACAAGAGCCUAUCAACAAAGCAGGAGGGCCAGAAUCUGGUUUCCCAUGUUCUCUUUUUUUGAAUGCAAUGUAAAUGGCACUGUUCCAAAUGAGUAUUGUUGGCCUUUCUCAAAACCAACUAUAAUGAAAAGACUGAUUGGCUAAAAAUUAUUGGAUUUAAUUCACAGCUGUGUGAAUUAUUUGUGACUAACUUGCUUCAAGAAUGGGCUAGGCAAAAAAGGUUUCUUCUUACCCAUGUGACCUCUUCUAGCCUUGUUGAUUCUCAUUUAGCCACAAGAAUAAAGGAAGCCCCAUUAGCGUUUUUUUAAAAAAUUGUAGUCAGAGUUGUUAACCUGUAAUAAGGUUCUGCAAGAGUGAGGAUAAAGUUAAGUUACCAUUUCAGCAAUCCUUAGAAUGAGUUCAUUUGGAGGACUUCAAAACUGUUCUGAGCUGAGAGAAUGACUUUGGAUCUAGAUAGAAUCAAAUACUACCUAGUUAGCUAUUGUGUCUCAAAACUAAUAAAUAACACAAGUGUCAUACUUUAAAAAUAAUGUGUCUGUCACAUAAAGAAUACGGUGUACGAUAGGAGGUAAGUGGGCAAGGAAACACUCAACUGGUGAAAAGGCCCGCAGAACCUUUAAUAUGAGAUAUACAUGUUGUGCCUGGUGUGUAAGCAAAGGGGCAAACUGUUAGCUUCUGGAGCAGUGGCAGCUGUGAAGAAGGCAUCACUAACUUGGAGUAAAUCACUUCAUAGUGUUCUGCUAUCCAAAUGUUUUCCUUGUUUACAUUUCACCCAGUUGGUAAGAAACAAAUGCUUGAUCUUUUGAAAUGAGAUUGAUUUAGUUUGGGUGCACCAAUUUUUCUUUCCAGUACAGUAUUAAACACUUAACAUCCCUGCAUGCUUUUAAAACACUGCUUUUGGGGGAAUGGUAUUGUUUCAUUGGGAGUGUAGCAAGCAAUGUCCCAUUGAAAAAAGGAAAAGUUUAUUUUUAUUUUAUUGAUGUAAAAGUUAAACAUAGCUUUUGCAAAAUCUGUUAACAACAGUCUCUUUUCUCUCCAUGUCACUGUACAAUUUUCAAAGGCAUCUCAUUUUACUCUGUGUAGCAUUAGUAAAUGUUGAGAUUUAAUCGGUUGACUGAGAAACUUCUGAUAGUAUUUUCUGCAAAUGCGCUAUUCUUUUCACAAGUUAAAAUGGUCUUAAUCAGCUUAAUCUUUGUAGUAGAGUUCAGUACUUCAGAGUAUUUUGAUUGUGGAAAAAUAACGAAAAGAACUAUGGCUUAAAGCAUUAGGAGUUUUGCAGGAAUUAGUGCACAGCACUUGGUACUCAUUAAAACCCUAUAUUUUCCUGUUAAAUCUAGCUUUUAUAGAAGAUACUCAGGUUUUCAAUUAAUUUUUAAAGCCAUUUAUUUAAUGAGAAGUUGUACUUAGGAGUAAAAAAAAAAUGCUCAAAAAUUAUGUGAAUUACACAGCCAUAGCUAUUAGCACAUUGAUUCAAGAGUGAUUUACACUGCAUUAUUUCAAAAUAGGUAGUACAUGCUGGUGCACAAUUUAAGUUGGGUUAAUUUCCAUUCUGUAUAUUAAACAAUACCUGUCAAAAGCUGCCUUGCUUAUACAACUGAACAUUCAUGGGUGGUUUAGAUUUUUAAUUUAGUAAUUUAAAGGUCUUCAGUCACAUUAUGUACACAGGUUACCCAAAAUGAUAAAUUUACUCAAGUUGACAUUAAAACUUGUGGUCAAAUAAACUAGAUUUUCACUUAUAAGAAGUCCAUGCAAUAUGCUAAAACUUCUAUAACAUGGAAUAGUAAAGCUAUAUUGGAUGUGAAUUUUUUUUUUCAAGUAACAGAAUAACAGGUUAAAUAAUUAUAUUGAGCCUCUAUGUGGAAGUUAGAUAAUUUGGUUUUGCCACUGGCAUCUGGUGAAGCCCCAUUUCUGCUGCACCUUGCUAGAAAUUAAAUUAAGCCAUCCACACAAAACAUACAUUGCUUUUAUAGUUGAUUAUUACUGAGGAGCUAUCCUUAGCAGAAGCAGAAGGUAGCUACUUGUCUUAAUUUCCAGAAUGGGAUAGAGUUUAAAUGUUCUUUCCUUUCUGAUUGUUUGUUAAAUAUUGCUGAGCAUUGGAGUGCUGAAGAAAUGUUUCCAAAAGUAUGCUGAACUGGAAAUAAGUGUUGGUAAAAUUGCAAAUCUGCACAUUCAAAGUAUGUACAGACCCAAACGUUGUACAUCUUCUAGCUAUAUUUAAUAUUGCAACAGUAAUAUAUUUAUACACAGUUAAAUGAUUACAUAAGUAUUUUUAUGUAUUACUUCAAAAAGGGAAAUAUCUUAGAGCUUCCUUUAUUUCUUCACAAAUUACUAAAUCAGCACUGUUGCAGAGUCAACACUCUAUAACCAAGUACCUGUUGUAAAACCAUUCCUUAAUGUGUUGGCUCCUAUGUUGUAUGUGAUUGCUGGUAUGCAAUGAUUGGUUUCUUAAGAAAUUGGGUUGGAGGUAGUAUUGUUGUUGUUCCGUGCCUUCAAUCAUUUCAGACUCAUGUUUUUUUCUUGGCGAGGUUUGUUCAGAAGGGGUUUGACUUUGCCUUCCUCCGAGACUCAGAGAGUGCCACUUGCCCAAAGACACCUAGUGGGUUUCCAUGGUCAAGUGGGGAUUCGAACCCUGGUCCCCGGAGUCGUAGUCCAAUGGUCAAACCAGUAUAUUACACUGGGUUUUGUUAGUUAUUCUACCUUUUGCUUAAUGAGGGGAUGGAACUAUAUGGUAGGGAUACCUAUGAACUUUUCCAUAUAUUUAAGGAAGUAGUCUACUGAUAUGUACAGUCAGCCCUCCUUAUCUAUGGAUUUUUUCACCCAUGGAUUCAAGCAUCCUGAAAAUACAUUUUUAAAAAGUAUAAAUUUCAAGUAGUAAACCUUGAUUUGGCAUUUUAU